UGCCUCCUCCUCGCUCCGCCAGUCGGCGGGAGCCCAGGUGCCUGCGGGCAGGAGGCGCGGAGGAUGCACGGCUGGUUGCUACUGCUGCUGUGGGCGCUGUUCCCCCGGGCGGUGGCGGGGGGCUCGGGCCACACCUUCCCGCACCGCACGCUCUUGGACUCUGAGGGCAAGUUCUGGCUAAGCUGGAGCGCACAGGGCAACCGGAUUGCCUUCCGCCUCGAGGUGCGCACCGCCGGCUACGUGGGCUUCGGCUUCUCGCCCACGGGGGCCAUGGCCGCGGCAGACAUCAUCGUGGGCGGGGUGGCCCAGGGCCGACCCUACCUCCAGGAUUAUUUUACAAGUGCAAACAGAGACUUGAAAAGAGACCCUCAGCAAGACUACCACCUGGAAUACGCCAUGGAAAACAGCACACACACAGUGAUUGAAUUUACCCGAGAACUGCACACAUGUGACGUGAAUGACAAGACUAUAACGGAGAGCACCAUGCGAGUGAUCUGGGCCUAUCACCGAGAGGAUGUGGGAGAAGACGGCCCCAAGUACCACGACUCCAAUCGUGGCACCAAGAGUCUGCGGUUACUGAAUCCCGAGAAAACCGAUGUGCUGUCUGCAGCCACACCAUACUUUGACCUGGUAAAUCAAGACGUCCUCAUCCCAAAGAAAGGUACAGUCUAUUGGUGCCAGAUGUUUAAGAUUCCUGUGUUCCAGGAAAAGCAUCAUGUAAUAAAGGUGGAGCCCGUGAUACAGAGAGGCCACGAGAGUCUGGUCCAUCACAUCCUGCUCUAUCAGUGCAGCAGCAACUUGAACGACAGUGUUCUGGACUAUGGCCACGAGUGCUACCACCCCAACAUGCCCGAUGCAUUCCACACUUGCGAGACCGUUGUGUUUGCCUGGGCCAUUGGUGGAGAGGGUUUUUCCUAUCCACCUCACGUGGGAUUAUCCCUCGGCACUCCGUUAGAUCCUCGUUAUGUGCUUCUGGAAGUUCAUUAUGACAAUCCGGCAUAUAAGGAAGGCUUAAUAGAUAACUCCGGACUGAGGUUAUUUCAUACCACAGAUAUAAGGAAAUAUGAUGCCGGGGUGAUUGAGGCUGGCCUCUGGGUAAGCCUCUUCCACACCAUCCCUCCAGGCAUGCCGGAGUUCCAGUCCGAGGGUCACUGCACUCUGGAGUGCCUGGGAGAGGCUCUGGAAGCCGAAAAGCCCAGCGGAGUCCACGUGUUUGCUGUUCUUCUCCACGCUCACCUGGCCGGCAGAGGCAUCAGGCUGCGUCAUAUUCGCAAAGGGGAGGAACUGAGAUUACUUGCUUAUGAUGACAAUUUUGACUUCAAUUUCCAGGAGUUUCAGUAUCUAAAAGAAGAACAAACAAUCUUACCAGGAGAUAGUCUAAUUACUGAGUGUCGCUACAACACAGAAGAUAGAGACCUGAUGACUUGGGGAGGACUAAGCACCAGGAGUGAAAUGUGUCUCUCAUACCUUCUUUAUUACCCAAGAAUCAAUCUUACUCGAUGUGCAAGUAUUCCAGACAUUAUGGAACAACUUAAGUUCAUUGGUGUUAAGGAGAUCUACAGGCCAGUCACGACCUGGCCUUUCAUUAUCAAAAGCCCCAAGCAGUAUAAAAACCUUUCCUUCAUGGAGGCCAUGGAUAAGUUUAAGUGGACUACGCAGGGAGGUCUGUCCUUCAACGAGCUCGUCCUCAGCCUGCCGGUGAAUGUGAGGUGCUCCAAGACAGACAAUGCAGAGUGGUCGAUCCAAGGGAUGACAGCCUCACCUCCAGACAUAGCAAGGCCAUAUAGAGCAGAACCUUUGGUGUGUGUCUCUCCUUCCUCGGCUCCGAACAGAAACUCCUCUCUCAGGCUGCUGGUGUGCUUCAUAGUCCUGGGCAGCAUGCUGAGCCGCUCACACUUGUGGUCCUAAUUCUGCAGUCCUUGGCGACAGUGUUUUCCGUGAUCCGAAACUGUCAUUUCAUAUUAAAGUCAAACCACUUUGGGUCUGAGGAGUCAGUGUGAAGAUCAUGGAGACUUAUCUUUCAUAUACUCCUUUCCUCCUCACUCUCCCAGUGUACCUGAGAGAUGUCAUGGGUUCUCCUCGUUUCUUCAGAAAUGUCUGAUAAAAUGUACCAGUCACCAAUAAAGCAAAACUGAUCUGGUAAUGUUACCUCUAUAAAAAUUUGGACAAAGUCAAGUGGAAGUAAAAGAAACCUUUAUUUACCUCUGUAUUACAUUUUAUUUAAACACUCAUAAUUGCUAUUUUACUUUUUAAUUUUUCUUUGGCUUCUAUACUCCUUUUUAAAAAUACUUUCAUCUUAGAAAUGUAAAAGAAAGUUCUCUCUCGCCAUUGCAGUUUUCCUCCUCUUUAUCAUUCUUUGGGUGUGACUUCCCAAGUGGAACAAGGGUCCCUCCUGCCUUUCGAUGUCAUCCAGUUCUGUCCUUUCCUGUGAAUUACCUGUGGGUCCCAUGCCACCGUCCUUGUUGACAAUGCCCAUUCCAACCUCUUCAUUUACCUGAGUCUGCUGCUGCUCCCAAACUAUCCAAACCCACCUCAGACAACUUUAGUAUCCUUCCCUGCUCAGCACUGGCCAGAGGAGUGUUUCCUUGAGAUCUGUCACUACCGGAAAAGAAAGAGGCUACAGAAAAUAUGGAAAUGGUACCUAACUGACUGUAGGCUAAGGAGAAAAUGUAGCUGGCUGCAAACCCUGUGUCGUGAGGGUUCUAUUGUGAGGUUCCAGGUCAAAGGUCAGACAGUGUGGGUGAGCCAGCCAAGGAGGGUGUGAGGUCCAUGUGGUGUCUCAGUGACUGCCAUUGGGUGUCAUACGUGCUGCAUACUGGCUCAAUUUGAGUCAAAGUUGCCAUUGUAGAUUUAUUUCUAUAUUAGAUAAGAGACUAACUUUCCAUAAUAAAAUUGUUAUCAAUUGAAAA